AUGAAGUUCAUCAAGCAGAUAGCCCAGCGCUUGAAUCCCGAUUUACACAUUCCUGGGACCGACAGCCCACCUCCGUCGCCAUCACCAAUACGAAAAGCGAAGAGUUCAUCGACACUUCUGGUGACAGAGCAACGGAAGGAACUUUCCACGCCGCCUUCCAUUUCAUCCCUAAGAAAGAAAGCGAGUUCCAUGUUCCUGGCCCGAGGAAGUAACAUACAAGAUUUUGCUACUUGGGACGAUUCACCAACAACAUCAGUUGCAACUGCCUCGGCAACGACAAUGCCCCCUCUACUAACACACGCACGACACUCCUCUGGUCCGGCGCUAAGUUCAUCAGCGACAUCAUACCACACACAAGCUUAUUCCACCCAGCCAUCUACACGAACUUCAACAAUCACUGGGACAUAUGAACCUAGAGGUUCUUCACCAACAUUACCAGCCAUAGCAACAACGCUACCUAUAGCAAUAGCCAUGUCUUCUGUCCGCUCGCCAGAUAAAUCAGUGCCUUACUUCCCUCUCGCUGGCCAAGCAAAGGAUGGGUACUCCAACGCUGAGGAAGCAACUGCGACAUGUUAUUGCGGCACUGUCCAACUCGCUUUCCCAGUCGAAGGACCUGGCUUGGUAUCGACGUUCGUGUGUAACUGUACCGACUGUCGAAAGAUUACCGCGAGUAUGUUUGCUUCUAACUUUACUGUCAAGGAUAGUCAUCUUCGUCACCUCCGCGGCCAGGAGAACCUCUCCGUUUACAGUCAAGUUGCAACGAUAGCUUCAGGCCACUCAAUGGCGAAUCACUUUUGCAAAACCUGUGGUACGCUCAUGUACCGAGUCGGCGGCGGAUUUCCAGGCUGUUCCAUCUUGCGCUUGGGUACGGUGGAUGAUUUCAAUCUAGUAGAGACCAAGUUGAAACCACAGAGUGAGCUGUUCAUCAAGGAUCGUGUGGGUUGGUUCAGUGGCGUGCAGGGGGAUGAAGUAAAGAGGUUGCAGGCUAUGUCGUGA